CAGGUCGUGCAGUAGCGGACAGAGUCUUGCUGAUCCUAAGACAGGAUGGCUCCGACCCUGGCCACAGCUCACCGUCGCCGUUGGUGGAUGGCCUGUACAGCUGUCCUGGAAAACCUGCUCUUCUCAGCUGUUCUCCUGGGCUGGGGCUCCCUGCUUCUCAUGUUAAAGUCGGAAGGCUUCUACUCCUACCUCUGCGAGGAGCCAGCGAACGUCACAAACAGCAGCUCGGGACAACACAAUGAGACCACCCCUGAACUUGUGCUGAGGAUGAACGGCUGGCUCAUCUGUAAGGACCAGGAUGAGAUGUUGAACUUGGCAUUCACUGUUGGGUCCUUCCUGCUCAGUGCCAUCUCACUGCCCCUUGGCAUCGCCAUGGACAAGUAUGGCCCACGAAAACUGCGUCUGAUUGGCAGCACCUGCUUUGCUCUGUCCUGUUUGCUGAUCGCCUAUGGAGCCAGUAACCCUGAUGAUCUGUCCGUUCUGAUUUUCAUCGCGCUGGCCCUGAAUGGAUAUGGGGGGAUGUGUAUGACCUUUACCUCUCUCACGGUGAUCUAUGACUUAGGAGUCCCGUUUAUUACCAUCCUGUUGGCCUGGGCAUCCUGUGGGGGCCUUGUCUUCAUGAACUGCUUCCUUAACUGGCCCCUGGAACCAUUCCCGGGCCCCGAGGACAUGGACUACACGUGA